AUGUCGUCGUCAAUGCUCCCUGAAUCUUACAGCAUCAAAAGUCCUGUGCUAAUCACAGGAGGGACAGGUUAUGUUGCUGGAUGGAUCAUCAAGAGACUCUUGGAAGAAGGCAUUAUUGUGCACGUUGCAGUACGGGAUCCAUCCAACGAAAAGAAGGUAGCUCAUCUCAAAGAGCUUGAGUCAAAAAAUCCUGGUCAAUUGAAGUUUUUCAAGGCAGAAUUGUUGGAGGAGGACUCAUACACUGAAGCAAUGCAAGGUUGCACGCUUGUUUUCCAUACAGCUUCACCUUUUACCUCUAAAAUCACAGACCCUCAGAAAGAUUUAGUGGACCCUGCCCUAUUAGGUACGAGAAAUGUGUUGCAGUCAGUCAACAAAACACCAACAGUCACAAGAGUGGUGCUAACCAGCAGUAUUGUGGCCAUAUAUGGAGAUAACAAAGAUAUUAAGUCAGCUCCCAACCAUACUUUAACUGAAGACCAAUGGAAUACCACCUCAAGUGUGGAUCACCAGCCAUACCCAUAUUCGAAGGUUGUUGCUGAAAAAGAGGCAUGGAAGAUUCAUGAUGCUCAAACCAGAUGGGACUUAGUUACUGUCAAUCCCACACUCGUCUUUGGACCCAGUUUGACUCCAACCACAUCGGAAAGUUUUGCAAUAAUGAAGCAAUUUGGUGAUGGUACCAUGAAGUCGGGGUGUCCCAAACUUGGGUUGGGAGUUGUGGAUGUCAGAGAUGUUGCCGAAGCUCAUAUAAGAGCAGCAUUUACUUCUACCGCGAAAGGGAGAUACCUCGUCAAUGGCAGCAAUACCACCCUUUUUGAAAUUGGCAAUGAACUAAGGCCCGAAUAUAAUGCUUACCCACUUCCCAAGUUUGAGGUUCCUAAGGCUCUUAUCUGGCUUGUUGGCCCUAUAGUUCUGAAGGGUUUUACGAGAAAGUUCAUUUCACAAAAUGUGGGAUUCCCUUUUAAAGCAGACAAUUCGAAGAGUGUGAGAGAGUUAAAGCUUGAGUACAAACCUUUACGUGAGACCGUCCAGGAGUUUUUUCAAGAACUCAUUGACAGCAAACAGGUGAAGGCAAGAUGA